AUGUCAAACCCGCAAGACUGCGCGGCUUCUGCUUCGAAAGCGGGGGACCUUGCGUCAAUGGCCGAUACCAACCGCACCCCACUUCGCGACAACGAGUCUCUAGCAGAGCUCGCCAGGCUGAACGUCGCUCCGUUUCUCAACAAACAUAAUCCUCGGCAGUACGCUCCAGUGAGAUCAGAAGAUGGCACGCCGAUACCACGACCAGCCAACGCUGGCUACUGCUAUCGUCAUCAGCCAGAUUCCAAAUGCAGGCGUCAGGCUGAUGAGCAGUCGAUGCGUCAACUGCAACAGGAACUGAAUACACUCCCCCAAGACGACCAGCAAGGCAUCGCCCAUGUCUGGUCUAUGUUUUCUGCUGCUCCAGCAAAGCAACGCAAACUCAUGUUACAGGGAAUUCUCGCCCAGUGUUGCUUCCCACAACUAUCCUUCAUCUCAGCCAGUGUUCGCGAACUUAUCCGAAUCGAUUUCCUCUCUGCCCUUCCGCCAGAGCUUUCUUUCAAGAUCCUUCGAUAUCUCGACACAGCUUCUCUUUGCCGAGCCGCGCAAGUCUCCCAUCGAUGGAGAAUGCUGGCGGAUGAUGAUGUUGUGUGGCAUCGAAUGUGUGAACAGCAUAUCCGUCGCAAAUGUAAUAAGUGUGGGUGGGGACUGCCUCUUUUGGAUCGAAAGCGUCUGCGAGAUUCGAAGCGUGAAAUCGAACUUCGAGCGUCCAACUGGGGAAAUCAGUCAUCCACAGAACUCGUCCAGGGUGCUCCCAAUGGAACAUGCUCUGUGGUCGAACUUCCCACCACUGGCAGCAAGCGUAAGGUUGAUACGGAGGAUCACGACAACAGCUGUGCCAUGAUCAAACGCCACUGUAUCUCCCCUGCAUACCGUCCGGAGCCCGAUGAUGAAUAUUACAAGACCCGGUACCGCCCCUGGAAGGAUGUCUAUCGUGAUCGAUUUGUUGUUGGAAUGAAUUGGAAACAUAGACGCUGUUCGAUGAAGGUCUUUCGAGGUCAUACAGACAGUGUUAUGUGCCUUCAGUUUGAAGACAACAUCUUGAUGACUGGCUCUUAUGAUGCCACUGUCAAGAUUUGGGACAUGGAAACCGGCGAAGAGUUGCGCACUCUUCGUGGCCACAGCGCAGGGGUCCGCUGCCUUCAAUUUGAUGAUACCAAAUUGAUCACUGGUAGUUUGGACCGCAGUGUGAGGGUUUGGAACUGGCGUACUGGAGAGUGUAUUUCCAGAUACAAUGGCCACUCUGAAGCCGUUGUCGCCCUCCACUUUGAUUCCACUCUUUUGGCAUCCGCCUCAGUGGAUCAUACCGUCAAGAUCUGGAAUUUUAAGGACAAAUCCACUUUCGUUCUGCCUCACCCCGAAGAUGUGAAUGGAGUGAAGAUCGACACUGCUUCUCGCACCGUUCUGACUGCUUGUAACGAUGGCGCGGCUCGCUUGUGGGAUCUUGACACCAAGACCUGCAUUCGAGUCUUCCACAAUCACAUUGGUGCAGUCUCACAGGUCAUUCCCUUACCACGGGAGAUAGAACUCGAAGCCCAUCUCCCUGACUGCGAGAACGAUCAUGUCAGCACAUCUUCUCAAAACGGCGAUGCGCCAGUAAAUCUUCUUUCUCCCAUCCUGGAGUCCAGAUCUCUGGCCUCACAACCUUCUUCAUUCGGAGCCUCAUUUGACCAGGACAAGGAACGCCUUGAACCGCCGCGGUACAUUAUCACCAGUGGUGUUGAUGCGACUAUCCGGCUGUGGGAAACCAACAGUGGUAGAUGUCUGCGAACAUUCUUCGGGCAUCUGGAAGGUAUUUGGGCACUUUCUGCGGACACUCUACGCAUCGCCUCUGGUGGAUUGGAUCGUAUGAUCAAAAUCUGGGACCCUCGAAUCCCCACCUGCCAAGACACUUUCGAAGGUCACUCGGCGUCGGUCAACUGCAUUGGACUCAGUGACAGUCGCUUCAUCACCGGUAGCGACGAUUACCAAGUCCGCAUGUACGAUUUCCGUGCCUAA